AUGGCUUCCUACAGGGUUAUCGAAAGGGCGAUUGACAAGUUGGCUCGGCGUCACGGAGCUCAUAUAAACGAAUAUGAUGCCAACAAUGGCGCUGACAACGCGCGACGGCUUACUGGGAAGAAUGGAAUGCCGAACAUGAGGGAUUUUACAGCUGGCGUUGCAAAUCGAAGCUGUUCAGUUCGUAUUCCGAGACAAGUAUCGGAAGAUAAACGAGGUUAUUUGGAGGACCGACGGCCCGCAGCAAAUGCUGACCCGUAUAGAGUGAUUUCAAUUUUGCUACGGACCUGCAUAUUUGAUGAAUGA